AUGUGUGCAAAUUUGGUAGAAGCAUGUUCAAAACGUAUUUCAAACGAUUCGGAUGAUCCGCAGUGCAUCGACUCAAUCCGAGAAAGGAUGAUUCAUAACGAUGUUGUUUCAGUUAAGACCCUAGCUCCGAAGCCACCCGAAGAAGGGACGAGGACUGACGACCUACCAGGUUGUCCAAGCACAGACAACAGCAGUCGGAAUAUCAAGAUUCGGUUCGAACCAUCGACCUUCCAGCCCUGCUCCACCAUCAGAUGGGACGAGAUUGCCACCUCUUUGCAUAGUGCUGGGAAUUUUGCCUGUGGCACGACCCAACCAGGCGCACUCAAGCACUGGAUAUCAGAUCGAACGGUGGCACUACUUAACUCUCAAAGAAAUAUCCCAGCCGGUCCAGAACAUAAUCCGGUGCGAAGAGCUAUUAGGUGGACACAGAAAGCCAAGGAAAUUAAAGAGGCCCAGAAAGCCGGUAAUGCCCGGAGAUUAUUUCAGUUGAUCCGUGCGACCGGUCCCCGGAAACCACUUGUGAGUGAAACUAUCAAACACCAGAAUGGAACGACCAUCUCCAAAAAAAAAGAACACCUCAACCGAUGGGCUGAAUACUUCGAACUACAACUGUCGUGGCCUCCAGCCGGCACUUAUCUAGAGCCCACAGGUGAAGUAGAACCCUGGACGGUGAACGUGGAACCACCUACGGCCUCGGAGGUUUACGACUCCAUAUGCUCCCUCAAGCGGCACCGAGCUCCCGGUCCGGAUGACCUUCCACCCGCACCGUUCAAAGAAGGGGGUGAAGUCCUCAGUCAGCGCUUGUCCGAUCUGUUUCCUUGCAUUUGGGAAAAGGAGUCUGUCCCAGACAACUUGGGUGAAUCGGUGAUAGUGCCCAUUUUCAAAAAAGGGGCGCGUAAAAAGCCGUACAAGCAACUGGCGACUACGAUAGCGGACAUAGAUCCCUCGAAACACAUAAUCGACUCGAAAAAUCACAGAGAAUGCUGGUGGACUGCGAAGUCCCAUGAGAUGGAGAAGGCUUUCGCUACAAGCAACAAACGCGCCCGGCGUCUGUUGAUUCGAUUUGGCCAAAAGACACCAUCAGGGAAACAAUAUGCGAAAAAAGAUGGAACGGCGAUUUACUCACGAAAUCGUGGGCAUUGA